GGUCUCUAUCCAACUAAGUCAAUAUCAAUACAUAAUAAUUGUAUGUACCGUUCCGUUAGAAGAUCCAUGAGUGGCAGAGCAUGUCAGUGUAUGAAUAGAAGCGUUUAUCGAUGGAAUUAAGACUCCCCGUGAAGAACUCUAUGAAAAUUCAAUGGAAAAUUCAAUGAAAAAUUAUCAAGUGAAAAAUUCAAUGAUACAGUGAAACCAAGAACCCCAUGAUCCACGAAUGUGUCUAGACGUCCUGGGUAUGCCCAGGGUAUGUUCAGGACCUCCCAGAUGUCCAGGAUGUGAAUAUGGAAGAUGUCAAGAUGGAAGAUGUCAAGAUAUUCAAUACACCAUGCCACACUAUGCAAAAUGAACUUAUACUAACUCUACAUAUAGCAAUAUGGCUCACGAAUCAGUUUGGUUUUCCCACCCAAGAAACUUUGGUAAAGGUUCUAGAAAAUGUCGUGUUUGUUCUUCCCACUCCGGUUUAAUUAGAAAAUACGGUUUAGACAUCUGUCGUCAAUGUUUCAGAGAAAAAGCCUCUGACAUUGGUUUCAACAAAUACCGUUAAGAUUAUUAGUUAAUUCUUUUAUAAAUUAUCUUUUCUGUAUUUAAAUUAAAGAAAUAUAUUAAUAUUAUCGUUUAAGACUCUGUGUAUAAUUAUUGAUUUACAAAUCUUCUCAAUAAAUAAAAUC